AUGUCUCUAACGCCUGUCCCCUAUUCCGUAUUUCUCUCACAGAACAGUCUUUUGACCUCGCGUGGUGGACCCUGGACGUGCUCUGGGUUUAUGAAUCACACCUGCGACAACUACAUCGUGCCCGCUGCGAAUUACCAGAUCACGAUUGGUUCUUCUUACGCAACUGCAGAUGAACAUGGCUAUCAAACCAUGUCUUUGCAGACCACGAUAGCGCUCAACCUCACCUCUCUGAGAGGCACUCCAGAUCGGGUGGCAUUUAGCUGGGGCUUUCGGGCCAACUCGCUGAGCAAUAUCACGGACAGUCGCGCUGUCUCAAUACAUUCUAGUGUGGGCGGCUACCAAUUCACGGAUGAUUUGAGCACACAGCUGGGAUAUCCAACAAAUGGAACUCACUGGGGAGACGACCGCCACUUUCUGCAUUCGGGGAUACUGGAUGUCUUCAAUGCCGACGGGACUGUGCUAGUCGACGUUGCCAUCCAUACCACCGUGUUCCAGGUUCCGCAGGAAUGGUACAAUCUAAUGUUUCGUCGUCUUGAUCUUACUCUUGGACCGGUGGAGCCUACUUCAACAACGGAGCGAAUCUCGUCGACGUCGGGGGUAAUCACCUCUCUUUACGAGCCUGUCACAGACACGUCCGAGUUGACAACCUCUGCCGCCUCAACCAAACCAUUCCUAUCCGAAACCUCUACGGUUGCGCAGGAGCAGAGAAAAUCAACGUUGCUGCCAUAA